AUGGUAGCCACCCCGCCGCAGACACCGCGCCCGUUAGUACAAACGACGACUCAGACGACGUGCCAGUCUCGUUACGCGAACGCGGAGCCCCUGUUGAACCCGCCCCAUCGAUGUUUGAUCUUCCACAUCGACACACUCCCGCUCUUUGAGCACGCGCUCGUUGAACAUUCGGGCAUUGGACUCGUCGUUCUACCGACUCUUGAGGUAGGUGAUGGGGUCAAGCACAUGCGUGUCACUCGAGUGCCAGUCGACCUAGGUACCACCGCGUUGCGAGGCAUGCUAAGUCGGAGCGAAAGACAGCGCUGUGGGGGACAGUGUAUGCGCACGUGCCAAGGGAUGCAGCGCGAAGUCCUGAGGGAAGGCCUGUACGCGGAUGUGCAUGAAGAAGUGAACGAGAACCUGCGAUCGAUUGACGACGAGCGAGGAGAGCGACAGGAGAGGGGGAAGCCACUGAAUGAGCCAGGACCCCAGAAUUGCACUACCGAGAGCCCUUCCACCGCCGAGUCUCGCGUGUCUACCGUGCAAACAGCACAACGCGUCCGGUCACCCGUGUCACACAGGCACACGACCGAUGGCUGGAAUGCAAACAGGACCAGCGUCGGGUUCUGGGCGUGCGUCCGCGUCUCCAACAGCUCCACCAUCUCCGGUCUGAGCAGGCCUCGCGACCUCCCUAUCGCGCUCCUUCACAACAACGGGCGCACGCAUAUUCGCGCGCAAGUUCGGCUUGAAUUCCUCCGCAACGGACGCGGCGAGCUGAAUAACUCAGACUCGCUGUUCGCGAACGACUAG